ACAGACGUUUCUCCAAAGAAGACAUACAGGUGGCUAAUAAACACAUGAAAAGAUGCUUGCCAUCAUUAUUAGAGAAAUGCAAAUCAAAACUAUAAUUAGGUAUCAUGUCACAUUGGUGAUAAACAACCUUUCGGCUUUCGGCUCGGAGGAGGCAAAGGUGCAACUUUCUUUGGUCCUCCCAAACCUGGGUUCAUCCGACACGAGCCACCUCCACCAUGCUGUUUAAGUUCAACCCCAACGAGAUCAAAGCCGUAUACCUGAGGUGCACUGGUGGGGAAGUUGGUGCCACGUCUGCCCUGGCCCCCAAGAUUGGUCCCCUGGGUCUAUCUCCAAAAAAGGUCGGUGAUGACAUCACCAAGGCAACUGGUGAUUGGAAGGGUCUGAGGAUUACAGUGAAACUGACCAUUCAGAACAGACAGGCCCAGACUGAGGCGGUACCUUCUGUUUCUGCCCUGAUCAUCAAAGCCCUCAAGGAACCACCAAGAGACAGAAAGAAGCAGAAUAGCAUUAAGCACAGUGGAAACAUCACUUUUGAUGAGACUGUCAACACUGUCCAGCAUAUGUGGCAUUGGUCUCUAGCUAGAGAACUUUCUGGAACUAUUAAAGAGAUCCUGGGGACUGCCCAGUCUGUGGGCUGCAGUGUUGCUGGCCGCCACCUCAUGGCAUCAUAGAUGACAUCAACAGUGGUGCGGUGGAGUGCCCAGCUAGUUAAGAAUGGCAAAGGAAAAAGAAAAAUAAAGGAUUAUUUGACAACCAAAAAAAAAGUCUACAAACAAUAAAUGCUGG